AUGUCAUCCGCGGUCCUCGUCCGCCGCGCGCGCUCGCGUUCCCCGCCCGGACGCUUCGAUCCGUCGCGCCGCACGCGCCCGCGGGUGGAGGAAGAGCCCGCGGUGGCUCGCGUCGACAUGGCGUCCGCGCUGCCCGACGACAUGCUGCUGGAGGUCUUCAAGCGGCUGCUGCCCCCGACGGGCGUCGUCCGCUGCGCGGCGGUGUGCCGAAGCUGGCGCCGCGUCGUCUCCCGCGCGGGCAGUGGCACCUUCCCCGACCCGCCUCGGCAUCUCGGGUUCUUCCGCAACUACGGCCCGUCCGCGCUGCCCCCGUUCGUCCACACCGCAGGCGUCACCCUCAACCUCGGGUUCCUCCCCGUAUCGCGCGUCAUCCUCAUCGACUCCCGCGGCCACCGCCUCCUCCUGCGCGAGCUCUGUGCCGGGUUCAAGACGGAGCUUAAGCUCCUCGUUUGCAAUCCACUGCAGAAGACGUUCGCGCGGCUGCCGCCCCUCCCCAUCGGUGGGCACUUGGUGGCCUGCUGCGCCGUCGUUCCGGGGCAAGGAGCCGAGUUCCGUGUCGUCGUCGUGCUCGUCGGUGCCACCUCGCCCAACUUCUACGUCUUCAUCUACUCUUCUGCUUCCUCUGCCUGGGAGGUUGCCACCGGCACGCUGAAGCGGCGCUUGACCCCACACCAAGGCCCGUCCGUCGUCAUCGGUGACUUCGUGUACCGGCUGGACUGCGAGGAGAAGUACAUCAUGGCCGUCAACACGACCAAGAUGACGAUCUCCGUGCUGUCAAUCCCCCGCGCCGGGAUGCGCCUGUAUACGGGCAACAAUUGGAUCGGCAAGACCGAGGACAGCCGUCUCUGCUUCUUCGCGAUCCGGGAGCCGCUGAUUAUGGUGAGGUGGGUACUCGAAGCGCCGCGGAAAUGGACGCCCCAGGAGCCGGUGGCACUGCGACCGCUGAUGAACCCGGCCACGGUUGGGGACCUCCACGGCUUGAAGCUCUCGGCGAGGAUCGCUGACCAGCUGAUGCACGGGUGCAAACUUGUGAGCUUCGGUGGGUUCUGCGAGGCCAGCGGGACAUUGUUCCUCAUCAUGGCUGACCGGGUGGUUUCGCUUGACCUCAAGACGUUCAGGAUGGAGAGGCUAUGGCUCAACGACGAUGAGUGGCGCCCCCUUGGCGAUGUGUUCCCGUACGAGAUGGUGGCUUGGCCUCCGGCCAUCAAGGAUUCUAUCUGGUGA